UCCCGCUAAAGAUCUAAAUUCCGCAUACCGUUCCCAUCGCUCUUCCAUCCGUGUAAUAUUCUUUCUGGUGCCCUCUGCGUAACCGUCAUCAUCACUGUCUGACGAUACCUCGGCAUCUGGAUCAAUUCCGGGAUCUGUAUCAGAGUCACUGGCGGAGUCACUAUCACGGCAACCAUCAUCAGUGGAGCUGGUGUCUGAAUGCUCGUCUCGUUUUGCGACAUUUGCCAAAGCAGCCGGUUUGUAAGACUUCUUCUGGGAACACCUUUUCUCUGGGCGACGAGCAUGGCUGGCGUCAACAGCCAUGCCACUGCCUCUAGAGCUGCAGUCCGAGUCCGUAUUCAUACAGCUUGGAGAAGGAGGUUGAGUCUGCGCAAAUGGUCACUUCCUUUCGAUGAGGACACUGUUCUUCUUCGUGAAGAGUCAUUUCUGUUUCUUCGUCUCCCUCCGGAGUUGAGAUUUAUGGUCUACAGGCUUCUUCCCUGUUUCGAGGAAGUGAAUUUUAGAAAAUACCUGCCCUGCAAGGACGUUGAGCCCAGUAAAAAUGGGCUCUGGCUGCAGCAUAAUCCUGACAAGAAUCUACUGGUCAUCAUGUCCGUAAGCCGACAGCUUUACGAUGAAGCCCGACGGACAUUCUACGCUGAGAACAGGUUCUCAUUCGAAUCGUUCGACAACCUCCCAGUUUUUCUGGGCGGGGUCGGAGUGGAAAACACCAAGCUCUUGCGAUCAGUGAGCUGUAAGGAGAGAUCAGGGAAAGGUCCAAGACUACACAGGUCAUAUUCAAUCGUGUCUAAGGCAGGCAACCACGGCGGGAGAUACAUCAAUUGGAGACCUCCGCUUCUUGCAUGACGAGGACCUGUAUCUAGAACUUGCGGACCAAGACGCACCGAGACUUAGGAUCUUACCCUCAUACUGGGGUGACAAUUGUCGCCUGGUGCGUCCGGACAUUACGUCCGUCUCUAACCACCCGAGUCGGACACGUUUCAUGCUCAGCGCCACCCUUCGAAUUAAUGGCAAAGAUAGAUU